AUGCGUGAUCUGAGGCGUGGACAGCGUGUGGAUGCAGAGGAUGUGGUGGAUUUUCAACCCUUCGCGCCCAUUGUGGCUGCAGUUGAGAUACCGGAGCAUUUGCAAACCUUGACAUUGGAUAUGUAUGGGGGCGACACUGACCCGAUAGAUCACUUACGGUAUUUUAAUACUAAGAUGGUCAUUGGCGGGGCCACUGAUGCGGUAAAAUGCAGAUUAUUGCCUUCCACAUUUAAGGGCGUGGCAAUGACUUGGUUUAUCAAACAACCCCCAUAUUCCAUUUCAAACUUCACCGACUUGUCAACUAAGUUCCUAACACAAUUUUCAGCCAAUCAAACUCAAAAGAACCUCACCAGAUCGAACUCUAUCUCUGGCGCGGCGUCUUCGGUUUCGGUUUCUGGAGCUCUGUUUGACACUCCAGGCCUCGACCUCUCUCUCCCUCCCUUCAAAGCCUUCGUCAAGCAGAUCGUGCAAGCUUUUCUCGAAGAGAAGCAGCAACAGCUAGAUGAAGAACAACAAGAACAACAAGGAGUUACCCAGGACAAGGAGUUCGAUGACGAUGGCGAUCUCAUCAUCUGCAAGCUUUCGGAGAAGAGGAAGGUGACGAUUCAGGAUUUCAGAGGGAAAACACUGGUCUCCAUUAGGGAGUAUUACAGAAAGGACGGCAAGGACCUACCUACUUCAAAAGCAGGUCUUUUCACUAAGAAAUACAGAAGCUUCUCUUUUUAUACAGAUCACGCCUCGAAUGAUUUUGCCACUAAGAAGGUCAAGUUAUACACUGGUUCCGUCCUCUUUGUUUCUUGGGUUUUUUGCUUCUAUAAUGUUGGUUGGACAGGGAAUAUAUCUCACUUCCACUGCACGCAGUCAUGCUAAAGAUAACAACUUGCAUGAAGGUGCACUAAUUGGCGACUUCAAUGGGGAAUUCUGGAGUGUGCACUACUAGAAAAAUGAAUUUUGGCAUCAAGAUCCAUAGCUUUCUACUUUUCGUUCACCCUAAACCCUAUGUUCAACUCCUUUGAUGAUUUUCGUUAAGAUUGGUAUAUGGGUGAGGAAAGUGGAUAUGCUUGAUGGAGUUUCCAUUGUGCGAUCUGAGAAGGUGAAGGAUGAGUUGGUUUUCGAUGGAAAUGACAUUGAGCUUGUUUCUAGGUCAUGUGCCCUUAUCAAUCAGAACAAGGAUAUCAGGAAGUUUCUUGAUGGUAUUUAUGUUAGUGAGAAGGGGACCGCAUUAAUAAAGAAGGUGGUGAAAAAGAUCGUUAUGGGGAAAAAGAUUGGAGCAUGUAUUUAGUAGAAAGUCUAAAUUAAGGGUAUGUGUUUAUCUAUACUUGCAGUUUUUGUUCAUCAGAUUCAUUAUGUAAUGAAUGAGCUAGUUAUACUGGUUGAGAGAUAGUUAGUGCAAUGUACUAAUGAAAAUAAUAUUCAUCCACUUUCUCUCAUUUCCUUCUAUGUUAGGUUAACAGUGUGUGCUACUUCACUUUCUGUAACUGGAACUUUGGAAAGUUAAAUUAGUUAUGAGCUAAUUAUAUGAGCUAUUUAUGAA